AUGAGCGGCCCAGGAGUAGGUUUCGAGUAUCCUCGUACGGAAGUAUCUUGGUUGAAGAGAGAUGUCCUCCUUUUCGCAAACACCAUUGGCUGUACAACUGACGAGCUGCACUUCCUCUAUGAAUUGCACCCCAACUUCGCCGUCUUCCCCACCUACCCCAUCCUCCUCCCAUUCAAAAAGACUUCACAAGAAGUGAUCGAUUUCUACGCCUCCCAGGCCGAAACGCCCAUCCCUGGGAUCCCGAAAUUCGAUUCCCGCCGUGCAGUAGAUGGGCAACGCCUUAUGACCUUCCUCAAGCCCUUCCCUCCUACCUCAGAAGGCCGCAAAUUCGAGCUACGCACAAAGGUCCUCGGUGUGUAUGAUAAGGGGAAGGCCGGGAGUGUGGUAGAGACCCAGAGUGAUAUUGUGGAUAAAGCGACAGAGGAGGUAUACGCCCGCGUGAUAGGCAGUGGGUUCUUCGUCGGACAGGGUAAUUGGGGCGGACCUAAGGGGCCGGCGACACAGAACUUCCCCCCACCUCAGGGGAAGAAGCCUGAUGCUGUUGUGAGCCAUCAGACGACUCGUGACUCGGCAUUGCUUUACCGGUUGAAUGGAGACUAUAAUCCCCUCCAUGCCGAUCCCAAGCCAGGACAGCAAAUGGGUUUUGGAGGUACCAUUAUGCAUGGAUUGUCAAGCUGGAAUUUUGCUUGCCACGGCCUUCUACAGGCUAUUGGUGGUAGCGAUCCGAGUAAUAUCAGGGAAUUCCAAGCCAGAUUUGCAAGCCCUGUAAAGCCAGGUGACAAGCUCAUCACCGAAAUCUGGAGGACCGGGGAGAUUAAGGAUGGGUGGGAGGAGAUUAGAUUUGUGACAAAGAUCGAAGGCGGAAAGGUGUGUCUGAGCAAUGGGAGGGCCCUUAUGAAGCCUGUUGCUGGUGGAGCAAGCAAAUUGUAG